AUGGUCGGCUGCAGAUUCGAUGUGUUCGCCACUCUGGCGAUCACUUUGGCCUGCCUGGUGUCGAAUGCAUCCGCGUGGGGAAGCGUAGGCCACGAAAUCGUUGCCACAAUUGCCCAGACACAGCUCCACCCUGCUGUCCGAGCGCAUCUGUGCAACAUCCUGCCUCGACAUCUCACGAGCUAUCGGAGCAAUUAUCCACGAGGUGGUGCCGAGCAUUGUCACCUCGCUCCCCUAGCACCUUGGCCGGACCGCGUCCGGUUUCUCUACCCUUGGUCGGGCCACCUCCACUACGUCAACCCAGUUGGCGAUCUCCCGCCUGAGUACUGUACCUAUGGCGACACCGGCUGGGCCGAUCAUGGUACCGGGAAUGUCCUGGAGGCCCUCGUCAACUACACCGCUAGGGUGGCACAGCCCUCGACGCCUUCUCAUGAUGUCGAAAGAGAUGUGGCUCUGCGCUUCCUGACACACUUGAUGGGAGACGCGCACCAGCCACUCCACCUCACCGGCCGAGCUCGCGGUGGCAACGACAUCCAGGUCCGUUACGAGGGACGACAGGCAAAGUUGCACACCGUAUGGGACAGCCAGCUGCUCAACACACAGAUCCGCGAGCUUUCCAACUACACGAUGAAGCUGUCCUCGUCACGGAUCGAAAGCGCUUUGCAAGGCCGCAAUUAUGAUGCAUACAUUCGCUGGAUCUUAGCAGAGGGCAUGGGACAAGGCACCGACAAGCCUGGCUGGUGGGCCCAGGAAGGGCUGCAGUGGGCAACGUGCCCAGACAGUCGAGUCGAAAUUAGGGCUUCACCAGAGACGCCCUCGUCAUCCGCCGGCGCCCACUGGCUGCGCUCAGUCAGCCCUAAUACGGCUCGACUGGCACGACAAAUCCUUACCAGCUUCUCGACGAAGGCUGCAAAGGAGCUCAAGAAACACCCUUCAUCUAUAGGUAGUGCCAUCGACGACACCGACCUGCCCAUUUGCCCUUUUGCUUGGACUAAGCCACUACAUCCGCUUGUAUGCGAGUACGCAUUUGCGAGCCCAGUCCCGCGCCAAAACAAUACCCACCCAGAUCCCCCACCUGAGCUCGACGUAGCAGAGUACAGGGGAAGAAUCGAAGACGACAAAAUCAUUCAGAAGCAGCUCGCAAUGGCUGGAUUUAGGCUUGCUGCCGUUCUCAACUCUGUCCUUCUCAAUGAGGCCCUGGCCAUGGAGGGCGGCGACGACGGCGAUCUGCUCCUUCUGGCCCCUGAUCAAUUUGUUCUUGUUGAUUCAUUGGCACCUAGGGCCCAAGGACAACUGUCAAGCCUGGCGAAAAAACGGCACAAGUCGGCUCAGUCGCCCAUCAUGUCGCUCGUCACCGUGACGUUGGAAUCGAUUGCCGAAGUCAUUAUUCUCUCAACCGUUGGCUACGUGCUGGCUCGUCAGGGCGUCCUCGACAAGAAGACCCAGACAAAGAUCAACAGGCUCAAUGUUUCCUUCUUCACCCCCGCGCUCUUGUUCUCCAAGGUCGCCUUUACCCUUGAUCCAGGUCGACUAGCUGAGCUACUGAUUGUGCCGUUCGGCUUCGUCAUCGUCACCCUCGUCUCUGCCUUUUCAGCCUUCCUUCUCAGCUACAUCGCCCGGCUCUCGAAAGCCCAUCGUAAAUUCUCCCUCGCGUGCGCCAUCACUCCUAACUCAAAUUCGCUUCCAGUGGCUCUGAUGCAGAGUCUCGUCGUCACCGUACCCCAGUUACACUGGGAGGAAGAAGGCGAACCAGAGGACACCGUCAAUGGCAUGCUGGGUCGUGCCCUCACCUACCUUGUCCUCUUCUCCACACUGGGCAUGUUUCUCCGUUGGAGCCUUGCUGCCAAGCUUCUUGCAAGCGUGGAUGAUGAGGUGCACGACGAUAGCAUCCAUCGUGCCGAGAGUGCCAGAGACUGGGAUACUCCGACCUCGCGACCAGCCACAGGUCGCCUGAUAGACUACGAGGAUGACUCACCGGGCUUGGAGGCGCCUUCAAAAAUUGCCAGAAGGCCAGAAAUCAACAUUCGUCGACCGACGGAAGAGGGCAGUGGCCUCGAUCCGGUCGCACCUACUUCUCUCACCGGCGAGACGCUUCCCGAAGGCCCUGCAGGUCGAAGGCCGAGCAAGUCUCGGCAAGGCCCGCCUGCCUGGGUGAGGAGCUUUCCAAACUCGCCCACUGCAAGCAGCGAAGACUCGGAGCCAGACAGCCAAGCGAUGCUCUCUGACGCGGAAGAGCAACGGCGAAACAGGAUGUCCGCCAUCAAAAACUCUUUCCGAGCUGUCGUGGUUCGCCCGUGGAAGGCCUUUACUGGCUUCAUGACGAUGCCCUUGUACGCGGCCGUGAUGAGCCUGGUGGUGGCCAUGCUGCCCCCCCUUCAAAAGGCCGUCGGCAGCUUCGAGCCCUUAGUCGGUGCCCUCGAAACGGCCGGUGCCUGCUCGAUUCCCUUGACGAUGGUUGUGCUCGGUGCGUACUUUCACCAGGAGACAGACAACCAAACGCUCCAGCGACAGCAGCAACAUCCCCACGACCAGGACCAAAUUGAAAACGGGGCUGCGCGCAACACCACCGACAGCAAUGCUUCAACGCUCGUCAGCGGGGCAUCUGGUGCGCACAAGAGGCGCUCAUUCCCAUGGAUGAAGAAUCCGUGGAGCUCGGGCGCUUCGAGCGAGUCUUCGAGUGACAUGGGAGGCGGGCAGCAACACUGGAGCUACGAUGAGAGCGUGGCAAAUGCCUCUGAAGCUGGCGACCACGAAGAGGAGCAGCAUCAAGAGGCCCAGCGCAAUGCUAGGGUCAAUUCCCUGCCGUCAAGCAAUGGCUGGCUGGGCGCUCUCCGACGUCGCGAUUCGGCCUUGACGCACGAAGAGGUUCGGGCCAGAAAAAAGAGAUCGAUGGAAAGACGGACAAUCAUUGUCGCAGUCGCCAGUCGGAUGAUCCUUACGCCCUUAAUUCUGCUCCCUGUUGUUGCGUGGUACGCCAUUGCGACGAGAUACAACGUCAUGGACGACCCUGUAUUCAUCACUUGCGCGUGUCUCAUUAUUGGCAGCCCUCCGGCCCUGACGCUGGCGCAAAUCACGUCGCAGAAUGCGCACGGAGACGGCGGUUUCGAACGACUGAUAAGCAAAACGAUUUUUGUCAGCUACGCGGUUUUGGCGGCCCCGACGACGGUCGCGCUCGUCCUAUGCGCUCUCUUGAUUGCCGAGAAUGAUCACUAA